AUGGGUGAUGCAGAGGCCCAGAAUGCAAAGCAAUUGCAGAUAUCUACCUCUAUUGCAAAUAUCCGGAGCCAGCAUCUAAAAAUCACUACUAGGUACUACUCAGUCCUAGUUUCUCUGAUCGUGUUUAUUGCGCCCUCUGAGUUUUCUAAAUUUCCAAACAAUAUUGACUUGUGCCCCCCUGGGCUGUUUUUGUAUGUAUUUGCCAUACACCUGUGUCCACUACGCCUUACUGACGAUGUCGUUCAAGGCCAACGAUUUCGUCAAGAUAGUGGGGGCCGUGGAUCGGUUUUUGGGCGGUGGGGGCCGUUGAUCGGUUCUUGGGUGGUGACCGCGGUGGCCGCGGUGGAGGACGACGUGGACGCGGUGGACGUCUUGGUGGGUGUGGGGGAGAAGGAGGAGGAGGAGGAAGAGGAAGAACAGCAACAACAACAACAGUACAUCACCUCCAUGCUCCCCUCUUUAAUCGAACUGGAAACUAACAAUACUGCACCAGACAACCAGCAGACGCCUGCUGUCGCCGGUGGGAGGGGCCCGGAAGGUGCUCUCUCCCGCCGCCAGAAAAAAAUCCUGGCGCGAGCACAGAGAGAUGCCGGCCUUUCGGCCGAAGAAAUUUUUUUCGCUGCCCCCGAGCAGCACCAGCAACAGCAGCAGCAGCCUCAGCCUCAGCCUCAGCAGCAGCAACUCCUGCUCCCGGCCCCUGCCCCGGCCCCCGCCCCGGCCCUGACUCUGACUCUGGCUCCGGGGCAGCAGCAGCAGGAGGAGGAGGACGUGGAGAUGGGUGGGCUUGGGGCUCCGGCCCCAGCCCAAGAAGAAGGAGACCAAGGAGAAGCAGGAGAAGAAGGAGGCCAACAGGCCAAAGAAGAAGAAGAAGAUGAUGAAGACCAAAUGGUCUUCGAGCAGCAGUUGGAUGAAACCAUAAGAUGGAAGGAAUAG